CGCGACGCGCGAGCGAGGCGACCGAGCGGGAAACGACGCGAGCGGGAGCGAUGCGCGCGACGGCGGGCGCGCUGGGCGGCGCGCGCGCGCGGUGCGAGCGCGCGAUCGGCGCGCGAUCGGUGACGAAGACGAGAAGCGCGCGACGGGGGGGGCGCGCGACUCGCGCGGCGAGCGCGGCGGAGCUGGCGAGCGAGGAGAAUAAGGACGUCAAGGUGCUCGUCGUGGGGGCGACGGGGUACAUCGGGAAGUACGUGACGCGGGAGUUGUGCGCGCGCGGGUACGACGUCACGGCGUUUACGCGGGAAAAGAGCGGCAUCGGCGGAAAGACGAACGCGACGGACGCGAAGGCGUUGUUCCCGGACGCGAAGGUGAAGUUCGGCGACGUUGGAAGCAAGGAGUCGAUCGAGACGAAGGCGUUCGAUGAGGGCGCGUACGACGUGGUGGUGUCGUGCCUGGCGAGCCGCACGGGCGGCGUGAAGGACUCGUGGGAUAUCGAUUAUCGCGCGACGAAGAACGUGUUGGACGUGGCGCGCGAGCGCGGGAGCAAGCACUUCGUUUUGUUGAGCGCGAUUUGCGUGCAAAAGCCGACGCUGACGUUCCAAAAGGCGAAGCUUAAGUUUGAGGCUGAGUUGCAAGCGGCGGGGGAUAUUUCGUACACCAUUGUGCGCCCGACGGCGUUUUUCAAGUCUCUCGCGGGGCAAGUCGAAGUGGUGCAAAAGGGCGGCCCAUACGUCAUGUUCGGCGAUGGACAAUUGGCUUCGUGUAAGCCGAUCUCCGAGAGCGAUUUGGCCAAGUUUAUGGCGGAUUCUAUUCGCGAGCCGGAGAUGUUGAACAAGGUGCUCCCCAUCGGCGGCCCGGGCGAGGCGAUGUCGGCGCUUCAGCAAGGCACUAUGCUUUUUGAACUCCUCGAAAUGGAACCAAAGUUCAUCAAAGUGCCGAUUGAAGUGAUGGACGUCGCUAUCAAGGUUCUCGAUGUCUUCGCUGGCUUCUUUAGCAACAUGAAGGAUGCGGCCGAGUUCGGCAAGAUUGGUCGAUACUACGCCGCCGAAUCGAUGUUAGUGAUGAACGAUGAUGGUAAGUACGACGCCGCCGCGACGCCGAGCUAUGGCUCGGACACACUUAAGGAAUUCUUCGAUAAGGUGAGCAAGGAAGGUCUCGCGGGCCAAGAGCUCGGCGACCAGGCCGUUUUCAAGUAAACGCUGUUUACUCGCGAAGAAUUUCAUUUAUU